AUGUCAGAUGGAGUAAGUGAGAAAUGUGGUACUGCAGCGAGCGCUGUUGACGAGUUUGCCGUGGCCAGCAAGUGGCUAACAGCGCAGCACAGUAUCUUCUACAUAACCACUGGAAUUCCUACUGCAGGUGGGAGACAAAAUGCGGAGAGGAUAGCAGGAGUAAAAGAAAAUGUUAUUGAAGUGACGGACUUCGCGGAUGCAUGCAAGUAUUUCGCUGAAGAGCUCGCUAGACGAAUUCGAAAUUCAGCAACAGUGUCAGUUGUGACUGUACCAGUACCACCACCAGUAGGACCAGCUCCUGCUGCGGUGGUACCCACUCCGGCACCACCUUCCGCUCCAGGCUGUCUACAAGUGGGUUAUCAAUAA